AUUCAACAAUCUACAGUUGAAAUUGAAACAACAAAAGUGAUAAAAAAAUCAAAACGUAAAGAUUCAAAAUCCGAAGUGAAAGAAGAAGAUCGUAAAGAUGUGGAUCGAAGAAACAACAGUAAAAGUGACUGAAGAAAUCAUUGAAUUACCGGGUGAAGAAAAACGGCCAGAAGAAAAAGUUGAACCAAUCAAAGACGAAGAAAAACAACCAGUGCCGGAGAAAGAAGAAAUCAAACCAGAACCACAAGAAGAAGGUAAGCCAAAAAGACCAUCGAAAAAAAUUAUCAGACGAAAAUCAUCACAACCUGAAGUGAAACCAGAAGACGAAAAGGUCGAAAAGGAGGAAAUUUCGAAAGAAUCACCUGUUGAAGUUGAAACAAUAAAAAUCGAGAAGCCUGAACAACAACCAGAAGAAUCGUUACAAUCACAACCAGAAGAAAUUCCCGAUGAUAAACAUGUUGAUGAUGAAACAAAAAUUACCGUUACUGAAGAAAUUAUUGAAAUUCCAUCGGAAGAAAAACCCGAAAAACCUAGAACUGAAGAAACAGUUCAAUUGAAACCGAUUGAAGAAACGGUGACCGAACCGACACCCGAAGAAGUGAUAAAACCACAAAUUGAGGAAAUCGCCACCGAAAUUGAAACAAAAACAACAACGGUUAAGAAAUUAAAACGUAAAGAAUCAGUACCUGAAGCGAUCAAAAAAGAUAAAGAUGUCGAAGAAGAAACAGAGAUCAAAGUGAGUGAAGAAAUUAUUGAAUUACCAGGUGAAGAAAAACAGCCACUGGAACCAGAAAAAGAAAAACCAGCACCAGAAGAACAACCUGAAGAAAAAUCUGAACCCAAGGAAGAGGAAAAAAUCGAAACGACAGUAAUUGAAGAAAAGAAAAAGAAAAAACUCAGCAUCAAACGAAAAUCGAAACCAGAUAUUAUGGAAGAGGAAAAACCAUUGAAACCCGAAGAAACAACUGUGGAGGAAAUUGUGAAAUUGCAAAAACCAACAAUCGAACAACCUGAAGACGAGACUACGGUUGAAGAGGUGAUCAAAUUGAAACCAACAGUUGACGAAUCGAUUGUGGAAGAAAUUAUUCAAUUGAAAAAAGAAAAGACCGAUGAACCGAAAAUUAUUUCCACUACCGAAAUAGUGGAACAAAAACCACAGAUUGAUGAAGAAAAACCUGAACUGCAGGAACCAAUUAAAGCCCAAGAAGAUAAACCGAAAAAAAUUGUUCGCCGAAAAUCAAGCACAAAAAUUGUUGUUGAAGAAGAAAAACCAAAAGAACAACCAAAAACUGAAGAAGACGAAAUCAAACCAGAGAUUGAAUCAACAAAAUUCGACAUAAAAACCGAACCUAAACCGAAAAAAGAAGAACAGCCAAAAGUAGAGGAAAAACCCGGAGAACAAAUGGAUGUAACCGAAGAUGUAAAGACAAUUGAAUCGGAAAAAAUUGUUGAAAUACCGGCAGAAGAACAACCGAAAAUUGAAACAACCGUUGAGGAGGAGGUGGUGGUGGAAGAAAAGAAGAAAAAGAAAUUAAGUGUAAAACGCAAAUCUAAACCAGAUAUCAUGGAAGAUAAACCAAAAGAACAACAGCAACCAGAAACAACUGAAGAAACAACAGUGCUAUUACCGAAACCAUUGAAAGAACCAGAAAUCGAAGAACAGGUAAUAAAAUUGAAACCAAAAUCAACCGAUGAAUUGCCGGAAGAUACAACGGUAGAAGAAGUGAUAAAAUUAAAACCAACUGUUGAAGAACCAACUGAAGAAUUGGUUGAACAGGUGAUUAAAUUGAAAAAACCAUCUGAAGAAACUGCUGUCGAAACGACUGAAGAAAUAAUUCGAUUGAAAAAAGAAGAUGCAAAAGAACCAGAAAUCAUUUCAACCGCAGAAACAUUGGAACAAAAACCAGAACCUAAAACUGAAGAAACGAUAACAUUGAAACCACAAGAAGAACAAAUUCCAGAAGAAAAACCCAUAGAUGAGAUAAUCAAACCAGAAGAACCUGUAAAAGUAGAUACGGUUAUUGAAACGAAAGAAACACCAGAAGAAAAGCCGUUGCCUAAACCUGAAAAAGUUGAACAAAAAGAUGUGAUUGCAGAUGUGGUCUCUGCAACAACAACAACAACUUCAGAAGAAAUUGUUGAAUUACCAAAACAAGAAGAAGAGAAAAAACCACGAAAAUUGAGUAUCAAACGAAAAUCUAAACCUGAUAUUAUGGAAGAAAAACCAAAACCUGAAAAGGAAAUCACAGUGGAAGAAACAUUCAGAUUAUCGAAACCAAGUGAUGAUCAACCGAUCGAAGAACAGGUAAUAAAAUUGAAACCAACAGAUGAAUCACCGGAAGAAACAACGGUGGAAGAAGUGAUAAAAUUGAAACCGACCACUGUUGGUGAAGAAUCACCAGAAAUUGUAGAACAAGUGAUUAAAUUGAAAAAACCAACAGAAGAAACAGUAGUAGAAUCUAUUGACGAAGUAAUCCGAUUGAAAGAAGAAAAAACUGAAAAACCAGACAUAAUAACCGUUGAAAAGGUAAUCGAGCAAAUACCGCAAGUGGUGGAUGAGCAGCCUUUGAAAGAAGAAGAGAAAGAGGAAAAACCGAAAAAGAUUAUUCGACGAAAAUCUAGUAUAAAAUUAGUCGAAAAAGACAAACCAAAAGAAAAAGAAACACCAGCCGAUGAAGUAGAAGAAGAAGUAUUGAAACCAGAAAUUCCACAAGCACCUGUAAUUGAAACAGAGAAAACGAUAGAAGAAGAAAAACCAAAACGAAAAGAAUCGAUACCACCAAUGGAAUCGGAAAAACCUGAUGAACAAAAAGAAGAAAAAGUGACCGAAACAAUAACCGAAGAAAUUGUCGAACUAUCCAGACCAGAACCAGAAAAAAUUGUUGAAAAAGAAGAACCAAAAAGCGAAAACAAAACAGCAGUGGAAGAGAAAAAACCACGAAAAUUGAGUAUCAAACGAAAAUCAAAGCCUGACAUAAUGGAAGAACAAAAGAAACCUGAUGAAGAAGAAAAACCUGAAGAGAAAAUCGUGGAAGAAACGGUAAAAUUACCAAAACCAUCGGAAGAACAACCGGUAGAAGAACAGUUUAUACGAUUGAAACCAAAACCAAAAGAAGAAUCGGAAGAACAAUCGACAGUAGAAGUGAUAAAAUUAAAACCAACUGUUGAAGAAACAACCGAAGAAUUGGUUGAACAAGUUAUCAAACUUAAAAAACCAUCAGAAGAAACUGCUGUCGAAACGACUGAAGAAGUAGUCCGUUUGAAACCCGAAAAACCUGGUGAUAAAACAGAAGAGAUUUCUGUGGAAAAAGUUGUCAAACAAACACCACAAAUUGAAGAAAAACCCAAAGAAGAAGAAUCAAAGAAAAUUGUUGAAGAAAAGCUUAAAGACGAGCCAAAAAUCGAAACACAAGCAGUUGAAGAAAAGAAACCGAAAAAAUUGAGUAUAAAACGAAAAUCUAAACCCGAUAUAAUGGAAGAGAAACCUAAACCAGAAGAACCGAAACCAGAAGAAGAAACCAUUAAAGAAACGGUGAAAUUACAGAAACCAAAAGAUGAAGAACAACCAAAACCAAUCGAUGAAACACCGGAAGAAACUACUGUUGAAGAAGUGAUAAAACUUAAACCAACAAUUGAACCAUCAGAAAAAGACGAAGAAACUGUUGAACAAACGAUACAAUUGAAAAAACCAAUCGAAGAAACAGCUGAAUCGAUUGAAGAAGUGAUUCGUUUGAAGAAAGAAGAAAUCAAACAGCCGGAAGAAAUUUCCGUUGAAAAAGUUAUUCAACAAACACCACAGGUUGAAGAACAACCAGAAGAAGAAGAAAAACCAAAAGAACAGCCAAAGAAAAUUGUGGAAGAUGUGCACAAAGAAGAAUCAAAAAAUGAAACUCAAGUAAUUGAAGAGAAAAAACCACGAAAAUUGAGUAUCAAACGAAAAUCUAAACCCGAUAUCGUGGAAGAAGAAAAACCAAAACCAGAAGAAGAAACCACGGUGGAAGAAACAUUUAAAUUACCGAAACCAAGUGAGGAUCAACCAAUAGAAGAGGAACAAGUGAUAAAAUUAAAGCCAAAACCAAAAGAUGAAACACCAGAAGAGACAACUGUUGAAGAAGUUAUCAAACUAAAACCGACGGUUGUAGAUGAACCGGAUGAAACCAUCACUGUACAGCAGGUGAUAAAAUUGAAAAAACCAAAAGAUGGUGAUACAACAGUUGAAUCUAUUGAAGAAGUGAUCAAAUUGAAGAAAGAAAAACCAGUUGAACAGCCGGAUGAAGUUUCAGCCGAAAAAGUUAUCAAAAUAACACCACAAGUAGAUGAUGAAGAAGAAGAAAAGAAACCAGAAGAAAUUGAAAAACCAGUGGUGGAAGAAAAACCGAAAAAAGUUAUACGACGAAAAUCAAGCACCAAAUCGCUGAAAGAUGAAAAAAUCGCAUCCAAAACACCGGUUGAAAAACCAACUGCUGAAGAUGUGUUACAACCGGAAACAAAACCGGUGGAAAAACCGAAAAAAAUCAUACGAAGAAAAUCAAGUACAAAACUUGAAGAAAAACCAAAAGAAGCAAAACCCGAAGAAGAAGAAGUAGAACAACCAGAGGUUGUAUCCACUGUUGAUAUGGAAACAACGAAAAAAGUUCAACCAGAACGUAAAGAUUCAACAACAAAAUUAGAAUCAAUCACUGAAGAUAAAGGUACAAUUUCUGACGAUGUUGUGGAAGAAGAAACAAUUACCACUACGACAACAAUCAAAACUGUAGAACCACCACAGGAAGAACCGAAGAAAAUUGAUGAGAAAAAAUUGGAUACAAAACCACCAAUAAUGGUGAAACCAAUAGAUGAAGAUGUUUUAAAACAGGAACCAAAACCAGUGGAUAAACCAAAGAAAAUGAAAUUGAAACGUAAAGAAUCAAAACCUGAUGUUAAACCGGAAGAAAAACCAAAACCCGGAGAUGAUGACAAAACAAUUGAUGAAACAAUUAAAUUGAGAAAACCAACAGAAGAAAAACCAGUGGAUGAAAUUGUACGAUUGAAAAAGAAACCCGAUGAACAGGAAGAAGAAGAAGAACAAACGGCGCUGCAUACGAUAAAAUUAGCCAAACCAAAAGAAGAACCAACGGAUGAAUCUGUAUCGGAAACGAUAAAAUUCGUUAAACCAAAAGUUCAUGAAGAAGCAUCGGCUGAAGCGACAUUGGAAAUAUCGACAAAAGAAUAUGAUGAAAUUUCUACGGAAAUUAUUAUUAAACGAAAAUCAAAAAAAUCUAAAGAACCAAAAAUUAUUGAUUCCGAUGAAGUGACGGUUAAAUUGCCGACAAAACCGAAAAAAUUUUCAUUCUCUGAAGCUAGUGCUGAAUUGAAAGUGACGAAAAAAAUUGAUGUAACAUUGGACGAUGUUGUCAUCGUUGAUGAUAUAGUGACCGUAAUUGAAGAACGAAAACCAAAGAAAAAAGAUGAACCGGAAUCCGAAGAAGAGGAAGAAGUACAACCGAAAAUUGAAAUGCCCGAAGAAUCGGAUGAAGAAAGACCACAAGAAUCCGUAGAAGAGGAAGAUGAAGAAAUGGAAAAACCGAAAAUUGAAGAACUUCAAACCGAAGAAGAAGAAGAAGAAGAAGAAAUAUCUGAAACAUUUAGAUUGCCAAAACCAAAAGAUGAUGACACCGUUGAAGAAGAAUUACGAUUAUCGAAACGAAAACCACGCGGCGAAGAUGAAGAAUCUGUCAAGGAAACAAUUACAGUAAUCAAACAAGUAGUAGAUGAUGUGGAAAUAGUUGAAGAAAUUGUACGAUUAAAGAAAAAACCAAGUGUAGACAGUAUUGAAAGUGAAUCAACAAUCGAAUCAUCAUAUCGAUUAGUGAAAAAGCCAAGUCAAGAAUCAGAAACUGAAGAAUCAGUAUCGGAAAUCAUACGGAUACAAAAACAAGCCGAAAAAGAAGAAGAAGAAACAAUAGCACAGAUUAUUAAAUUGAAACGGAAAUCUAUGCCGGAAGAUGAUGAAGAAACGGUUGAAGAAACAUUUCGAUUACCGAAACCUGGAUUUGAUGAACAAUCAACAUUUGCAUCAUUGGAUGUGACGAAAAUUGCUGACAAUGAAUAUGAUGAAGUAUCCACAGAAAUUGUCAUAAAAAAACAGAUGAAAAAAUCCAAAACAAAUGAUGAAAUAUUGGAUGAAUCAUAUACAUUAACAAUGCCAACGAAACCACGAGAAAUUGGUUAUGAUGAAGCUGCAGCUGAACUUAAAGUGCAGAUUGAAUCAAAAAUUGAUCAACAAUUAUUGGAAUCCAAAAUGGUUGAAGAAAUGAUCAGUAAAUAUGCUGUUACAUCGGAAAUACCGAAUGUAAUGUCAUUACGACAAGGUGAUCGUAUUUAUGUUGUUGAACGUGUCAAUCAAGAUUGGUGGUUUGUCAGGAAAAAGAUAACAAAAGAAUUUGGUUUUGUACCAGCAGAAUUUCUUACAGAUGAAAUUUCAUAUACAUUACAUUUGGAUGAUACAUUAAAAGAAUUUAUGGAAACUGAAGAACAAGUUGCUGAACAUAUUACUAUAAGAAAAAAACAGCCAGAAAUUAUUGAAGCACCUGAUGAAAUGAUAAAAGUUGAAUCCGGCCAAUCAUUGGUAUUGGAUUUCAAAUUCGAUGGAUCAUUUCCAAUGCAUUUUGUUUGCUUUAAAGAUUCACGGCCACUGCAACCAGAUUCAAGAAUUAAAUUAUUUUGUGAUGAAAAUAAUGUUUUACAUCUGAAUUUUGAUGAAGUUUAUUGCAUUGAUUCUGGUACAUAUUCGAUUGUGAUGAAAAAUCCAGCCGGUGCCGCCAAACAUACAUUUACAUUGGAAGCUGAUGGCCAUAUGUCGUUUGUGAAUGAAGAAAUCUAUUUCCAUAAUUUGCCAUUUAAAGAUGAUGAACAACCAUCAAAUGUACCAUUAUUCUCGAAAUUUAAUGAUUCCAUUGAAAUCAAUAUAAAUGAACCGUUCAAUAUUGAAUUCACUGUUUAUUCGUUGGAAAAACCACGACUGAAAUUGACAAAAAAUGGAAGAAUUGUUUAUAAUUCCAGUAAAUUUCAAUUGGAACAUUUGGAAACUAAUGAAUAUUUUCAUCGUUAUCGUGUACAAUGUACCAAUACGGAUGAAAAUGAUGAUGGUAUUUAUGAAUUGUGUGCACAAAAUUUGGAUGGUGAAAAUCAAACCACAUUUCAGGUGGUUUACAAAGAUCGCAUUGAAAAACCAACAUUCAAAAAACGAUUUAAAUCGAUUCGAUUACAGGAAGGUAAUCAAUUAUUAUUGGAAACAACGGUGAAUGGUUAUCCAACACCAACAAUAACAUGGUAUCGAAAUGAUGAUCGUAUUGUAUCAUCAUCACAAUGUUUGAUACGACAACAUAAAAAUGAUGCAACAUUAGCGGUGAAUAAUGUGUCGAAAAUGUUACACGAAGGUCAAUAUAAAGUGAUUGCCCGUAAUAAAUAUGGUAAAUGUCAACAUGAAGAACGUGUUGUAGUGAUAAAAAAGACACCAAAAUUUUUGGAACGUUUAAAUGACAUUGAAGUAUAUGAAAAUGAAAAAACAUUCCUUUCAGUGAAAAUAACCACAAAAGAAGAUGAUGUUCAAUGGUUGAAAGAAGGUGAACCAAUAGAUCAAGAUGAUGAUGAUGAUUAUCAAAUGAUAAAAGAUGGACAUUAUAGAAAAUUAUUGAUCAAAAAAGCAAAAGUAUCACAUCAAGGUGAAUAUUCAUGUGUAUUGGAACAAGAUAAAUGUACUGGUUAUCUGGAAGUGAUUGAAUUACCAGCUGAAAUUGUUAAAGAUCUUAAAGAUUGUAAUGUAAAAUAUGGUGAUAAAGCACAAUUGGUAGAAGUAUCCAAAGGUGAUGCUAUAUUACAAUGGUAUAAAAAUAAACAACCAAUCAUGUUUGAUGAUCGUGUUUAUUUGGAUAUUGAUGGUAAACAACAAACAUUAUCCAUUGAGGAUUCAAAACUUGAAGAUAUUGCCGAAUAUUCAUGUCAAUUGAAUCAACAAACAUCAAAAGCACGGUUACUUGUAUCAUAUCCAUCGACAGAAUUUUUACGACGUUUACAAGAUGAAUAUUGGAUUGAUGAAAAUUGUGAAACAGUUUUCACUGUGGAAAUAUCACGGCCAGAUGUUGAUGUAUUUUGGUAUCAUAAUGGUGAAGAAUUAUGUGAAACAUCCAAUAUUAAAAUGAUUACCGAUGGUAUGGUAAGAAAAUUGAUCAUUCACCACACACGAAUGACCGAUAUGGGUGAAUAUAUUUGUAUGGCCAAAGGUGAUCAAACACAAACCACGUUGAAUGUAUCGAAAGAUCCAUUAGUAUUUUUAUUGAAACUUAAAGAUUUCAAUGUAAAUGAAGGUGAAACGGCAACAUUAUCUGUUGAAGUUAUUGAUGAACAUAUGAAUAUCGUAUGGAUGAAAGACGAUGAAAUUAUUGAACCGGAUGGCAAUCGUAUGAUGAUGAGCAAUAUUGGUAAACAUAAAAAAUUGAUCAUAAAAAAUGUCAACAUACAAGAUCGUGGUUACUAUACCGUUGUUUGUAAUGAUCAACGUUCAACAGGUAAACUUUCUGUGUUGACACCACCAAAAGUAUUGACAGAUACAAGACGUUUUACUGCUGUACGUGGAGAAAAUUUUUCAUUGGAUAUUUCAUAUGAAGGUUAUCCAUCACCAAAAGCUGAAUGGUAUCAUUCUGGUAAAAUCAUUAAAACAUCGAAAAAAGCAUCAGUAGAAAUAAUGAUGAGCCGUACAAUAUUGACAAUUAAAAAUUUUGAUGAUGAUGAUAUUGGUCUUUAUAAAUUGAGUCUGGAAAACACCAUUGGACAAUAUAUAACACAUUUUGAAUUGUUCAUCAUCGAUAAACCAGAUCCACCAAGCAAACCGGAACCGAUGAAUAUAACAAAUAAUUCAUUGAUUCUAGUAUGGCAAGCACCGAAAAAAGAUAAUGGUUCACCUGUAUCGAAUUAUGUGGUUGAAUAUAAAGAAUCAAAAGCUAAAAAUUGGAAAGAAUAUAAUGAAUUUAUUAAUGAACAACAUGUCAAAAUAAGGAAUUUGAAACACAAUAUUUGUUAUGUAUUUCGUGUAUAUGCCAUAAAUAAAGCUGGAAAAUCAUCACCAUCCACAGAAAGUGAACCAGUCACAAUGAAAGAACAAUAUCUACCGAUGGCACCGACAUUUAUACAGCCAUUACCAUCGACCAUAAGUACACAACCAUUUACAACGACAACAAUGGAAUGUAAAUCCAUUGGUAAUCCAACGCCGGAAAUCCAAUGGUAUCGUAAUGAUGAACCAAUCGAUGAGAAUGAUGAUAAUAAUGUUAUCAUUAAAUAUGAUCAACAUUCAUCCACAUUGAUUAUAAAAGAAUGUUCAUUUGAAUGGGCUGGCCAUUAUAAAUGUGUGGCACGAAACGAUGAAGGUGAUGCCAUAACGAAAACAAAAUUAUCUGUAGAAGAAAAACCAUAUGCUCGUUUCAAUAAUGAUGCCAUUGUGGCGAAAGUUAAACAAGGCAAUGAACAUUUAAUUGAAUGUGAAAUUUAUGGCUAUCCUGAACCGGAAAUCAAUUGGUAUAAAGGUUUAAUAAAAUUACGACGAACAUCGAACAUUUUCGUUGAUGAUCAAGAAAAAGGAAUGACAAAAUUGGUGGUGAAAAAUUUCUCGUUCGAAGAUGCUGGCAUUUAUACAUUGCAUUUGAUCAAUGCAGCCGGUGAACGUAAAUAUGAUUUUGAAUUACGAAUGUUGAAACGACCUGGACCACCGGAACAGCCAAUUCGUUGUGUACCGGGUGGUGAAAAUUCCAUCGAAUUAUCAUGGAAUCCACCGAAAGAUGAUGGUGGUUCACCGAUUCUAUUCUAUUUGAUUGAAAAAUAUGAAACAAAAAUGGGCAAAGAAUGGAUCGAAGUUACCCGUGUGAAUGGUAAUGAAUUUUCCCAUACAAUUCGUCAUCUAAUCGCUGGUUCACGUUAUCGAUUCCGUGUCAGUUCAAUCAAUGAAUUCGGUACAAGUGAUCCAGCAAUGACUGAAUCGGUUGUUUGUCGUAAAAUACUUGAACGUCCAUCACCACCAACUGGUCCGAUUAAAACAAGUGAUCAUACUGAAUCAUCAUUUAAUCUGCAUUGGAAUUCACCCGAAUAUGAUGGAAAUUCUCCAUUGAUUGAAUAUCUUAUUGAAACACGUGAAGUUGACGAAACAGAAACCACUAUUACAAACACGUGGAAAAAAUCAACAACCGUAAAUGGUGAAACAUUGACAGCAAUGAUUGAAAAUCUAGAAAAAGAAAAAACAUAUCAAUUACGUAUUACAUGUCGUAAUGAAAUUGAUUGGAGUGAUUCAUAUUAUCCUGAAACAACCGUUAUGGUUAAAUGUCGAUAUGGACCACCAACAGCACCGGUUGGCCCGCUGGAAGUGAAUGAAAUGACAAAUGCAUCAUUACGUGUGGCAUGGAAACCACCAAUAUCGAAUGGUGGAUUAGAACUGAUCAAUUACAUAAUUGAAAGAAAAUUAACAUUUGAAAAUACCUGGAUUCGUGAAGCAAUUGUUAAUCCGGAUCAAUUAACAUAUACGAUACCGAAUUUAUCAUCUAAAUAUGAAUACAAUAUACGUGUGUUGGCUGAAAAUGCAUUGGGACAAAGUGAUCCAUUAGAAUCCGAUUAUCCGGUACAAUUAUGUAAAGAUGCCACACCGCCAGGUAUACCAACAGCACCAUUAGAAAUGCGUUCCGUUAGUCCUAGUGCAAUAAUGAUUGAAUGGGGUAAACCAGAACAUGAUGGUGGAUCACCAAUCACUGGUUAUGUAAUAGCAGCAAAAGAUGCACGUCGUACAAUGUGGAUACAAGUUGGUAAAGUAGAUGCCACAGUACAUCGAUUACAAAUAAAAGAUUUCCAAGAAAAUCGUUCAUAUAAAAUACGUGUUAUGGCUGAAAAUGAAAUCGGUUUAUCCGAUCCAUUAGAAUCAGAAGAACCAAUUACCGUGAUACGGCCACCUGGAUUUGAAGAACAAGAAGCUGAACGUGAACAUUUAGAACGUGAUGAUACAUUAUCAUUAUCAUUUACAACAUCUGAAACAACAUCAUGGAUGCGUGAAGCUAAUGUUGAAGCACGUGUUGAAUCAUAUACAGUACAUUCAUUAUUGAAACGUAAAGAAUAUUUCUUUUCAUUAUGGGUGAAUGCAGAUAAAUUGUUCAAAUAAAUCAAACGAAAAACGAACGAAAAAAAUCACCGAGAAUUUAAAUUGCCGCUAUUUUUACCUAACGAAAACAAAAAUCAAUUAAUCAUCAUCAUCAUCGACAAUGAAUGAAUAUCCGGUUUUUUCAAUAAUUUAAUUUUAAACACAAAAAACAAUAAUAUAAUACUAACCUUGCUAAUCUAUAUUUUCCGCAACAAAAAAAAAAAAAAUAUAUUUCCCGUUAUGUUUAUGUUUUUGUUUGUUUUGUUUCAAAAAAAAUUGUCUAU